AUAUGAAUUCGUGCUGAGUAGCAACAAGGUACAGCUGUCCCUCUUGGCGCAGGGCAUCAUGCGUGCUCGCCUCGUGUACCGACCCCCGAGUGACCAGCAACAGUUUGUUAAGGUGUGGACUUCUUCCACUGGCAAACCAUUUCGACACUGGCUAUUUCCACUGGCUAUCCCCUUCCACUGGCUAUUUCCACUGGAUAUACCACUAGGGUAGACUGGCUUCCACUGGCUAUUUCCUUCAACUCCUACUAAAACAGGUACAGGUCAUUAAUGUUCUUUGUCUCUUUCAAGGAAAACUCAUCCAGGUGUUCGUCUCUUCCGAGAUUAUUAUAGACUCCAACACCAGGAUGGGGAUCAGGACUACCGACAGAAGCCCCUCUUUGGCUUGUUUUAGUUUCAUGUUGUUCUUUUACAAACCUCUAGAAUUCACUGAUUAUUCUAAGUUUGUCACGUUCGUUGGAUGAAUUUAUUCUAAGUUUGUCACGUUCGUUAAAUAGAAAUUGAAAUAGAUUUCAGGAGGAGCUUCUAUGACUUUCUAAUUUUGUCACGUUCGUUGUGGAGUCGCAAGUACGGGAUUUGAUGUUAGCGUUCCGAUCGAAAUUACUUCUGGCCGCCAUCGAGACGCUACAUUAAGGCUUUCCCUAAUCCAUCUCUGCUUCUAUAAAUAGGGAUCGAUGCAUUAUUAUAUAUUAUAAAGAAAGAGAAAUCUUCUACUAUACAUAGGGAAGAUGCAUGCUCAACAAGCUCAACAAUAGGGAGAUCUCUUCUAUAGAGAUGACCCCUCAAGAGCAGUAUGCUUCCCUAUACUUACAGGGGAGACACACAUUGGCGCAUAUUCUUGGGGUUGUAUCUCAACAGGGACGAAAUGGGGAUAGGUCUAACUACAGAAAAAGGCGAAAUGCAGCGAGUUGACAGAGGAUAGAAAGCUCCCGAAACAUAAUAUGAACGAAUGUUACAGACUCGUCAUCAUGCGACAACUGUUACUGGUAUGGCACAAGUAGUCGUGUUGAGAAAUGUAGUACGGUCUUCAGUAGUACGAAUGACAAAAAUACUAGGUCUAAAAAUUCUUCUUUUUCUAUUUUUGUUUGAAAUGUCCAGCACCGACUAAGAUGGUACACAGAAGAACGAUGAUCUUGAUGAUCUUGCGCCUACAAGUUUUACAGUACCUAAUGACAAACUCUAUCCUGCUUGUUUCAUUGUGUUUCGAGGAGGUCCUCGUGUACCCAACAACAUGAGUAAUUAGAGAUCUGCAUGAUCUACUACUACUGCGUGUACUACUGCGAUCUACAACUACUGCUACUACUGCGUCUACUACUUCGAAACUCAAUCAAGUUCUUCGUCUAAGAUUGAGCGGAG